CCGGGCGCCAUGGCCGCGGUCCCCGCGGAGGCCGAGACCCGCCAGCGGCUGCUGCGCACCGUGAAGAAGGAGGUGAAGCAGAUCAUGGAGGAGGCCGUUACCCGCAAGUUCGUGCACCAGGACAGCAGCCACAUCUCCUCCUUCUGUGCCGCGGUGGAGGCCUGCGUCCUGCAUGGGCUGCGGCGGCGGGCGGCCGGCUUCCUGCGCAGUAACAAGAUCGCGGCCCUCUUCAUGAAGGUGGGCAGGAGCUUCCCACCCGCCGAGGAGCUGAGCCACAAGGUCCAGGACCUGGAGCAGCUGAUCGAGAGCACGCGAACCCAGAUGCAGGGCCUGCAGGAGAAUGUGCGGAAGCUGCCAAAGCUGCCCAACCUGUCCCCGCUGGCCAUCAAGCACCUGUGGAUCCGCACCGCCUUGUUCGAGAAGGUUCUGGACAAAAUUGUUCAUUACCUCGUGGAAAACAGCAGCAAGUACUACGAGAAGGAGGCUCUGCUGAUGGACCCGGUGGACGGCCCCAUCCUGGCGUCCCUGCUGGUGGGGCCCUGCGCCCUGGAGUACACCAGGAUGAAGACCGCCGACCACUUCUGGACGGACCCCUCGGCCGACGAGCUGGUCCAGAGACAUCGCAUCCACAGCUCCUACCUGCGCCAGGACUCGCCCACCAAGCGGCCGGCCCUCUGCAUACAGAAGAGACACUCGAGCGGCAGCAUGGACGACCGGCCGUCCCUCUCUGCCCGAGACUACGUGGAGUCCUUGCACCAGAACUCUCGUGCCACCCUGCUGUACGGCAAGAAUAACGUCCUGGUCCAGCCGAGGGAUGACAUGGAGGCCCUGCCUGGCUACCUGUCCCUGCACCAGACCGCGGACAUCAUGACCCUGAAGUGGACGCCCAACCAGCUGAUGAACGGGUCUGCGGGGGACCUGGACUACGAGAGGAGUGUCUACUGGGACUACGCCAUGACCAUCCGCUUGGAGGAGAUUGUCUACCUGCACUGUCACCAGCAAGUGGACAGCGGCGGCACGGUGGUGCUGGUCAGCCAGGACGGGAUCCAGAGGUCGCCCUUCCGCUUCCCCAAGGGCGGCCACCUGCUGCAGUUCCUCUCCUGCCUGGAGAACGGGCUGCUCCCCCACGGCCAGCUGGACCCACCGCUCUGGUCCCAGCGCGGGAAGGGCAAAGUGUUCCCCAAACUCCGCAAGCGGAGCCCCCCGGGCUCGUCCGAGUCCACGUCGUCAGACAAGGAGGACGACGAGGCCACGGAUUACGUGUUCCGCAUCCUCUACCCCGGCACGCAGUCCGAAUUCGUCCCCGCCGGCCCCAUCUCUGUGGGCCCCGCCUGGAUGAUGUUUCCUGCCGGCCAGUCCACUCUGGUGGUGGCCAGGGGGAUUCGGUGGGCACAGGACGCCGCCCACCCCACCCCGCGCCUGCCGGAGCAGCCCCCCACCCCCCAGGACCUCAUGGACGUCUCCGAGAACAGCCUCCCGGCGCUGUGGCAGCCCGGCCCCCGGAAGUCCUCCUGCUCAUCCUGCUCCCACAAUGGCUCAGCCAACGGCAGCUCCAGCAAUGGCUGCAACCACGAAAGGGCACCCCUGAAGCUGCUCUGCGACAACAUGAAGUACCAGAUCCUUUCCAGAGCCUUCUACGGAUGGCUGGCCUACUGCAGGCACCUGUCCACCGUGCGGACCCACCUGUCGGCCCUGGUCAACCACGUGAUCGUGUCCCCUGACCUGCCCUGCGAUGCCGGGCAGGGGCUGACAGCCGGGAUCUGGGAGCAGUACCUUCGGGACAGCACCAGCUACGAGGAGCAGGAGCUGCUGCGGCUCGUCUACUACGGGGGCGUCCAACAUGAGAUCCGCAAGGCUGUGUGGCCCUUCCUCCUGGGCCACUACCACUUCGGGAUGACGGAGGCAGAGAGGAAGGAGGUGGACGAGCAGAUCCACGCCUGCUACGCGCAGACCAUGUCUGAAUGGCUGGGCUGCGAGGCCAUCGUGAGGCAGCGGGAGCGGGAAUCCCACGCCGCCGCCCUGGCCAAGUGCUCGUCGGGGGCCAGCCUGGACAGCCACCUGCACCGCAUGGUGCACAGGGACUCCACCAUCAGCAACGAGUCCUCCCAGAGCUGCAGCUCAGGCCGCCAGAACCUCCGCCUGCAGAGCGACUCCAGCAGCAGCACACAGGUAUUUGAGUCGGUGGAUGAGGUGGAGCAGGUGGAAGCAGAGGGCAGGUUGGAGGAGAAACAGCCCAAGAUCCCCAACGGGAACCUGGCGAACGGCACGUGCUCGCCCGACUCCGGCCAUCCCUCCUCUCACAACUUCUCCUCCGGCCUCUCGGAGCACUCGGAGCCCAGUCUGAGCACGGAGGACAGCGUGUUGGACGCCCAGCGGGGCGGGGCCCCGACGUUCCGGCCCGGGGACAGCAGCGUGGACGAGGGGCAGAGCAGCGAGGCCACCACGUCCCGGGACGAGGCCCCUCGGGAGGAGCUGGUCGUGCAGGACAGCCUGGAGAGCGACCUGCUGGCCAACGAGAGCAUGGACGAGUUCAUGUCCAUCUCGGGCAGCCUGGACGUGGCCUUGCCCGAGAAGGACGGCCCCGCCGUGGAGGGCUGGCGGGCCGGCGAGGCGAAGCAGAGCCGAGGGGACAGCGAGGACAAUCUCUCAGAGGAGCCUGAGAUGGAAAGUCUCUUCCCCGCCCUGGCCUCCCUGGCCGUGGCCACUCCUGCCACCAACGAGGCGUCCCCUGUGUCCUCCAGUGGCGUUACCUACUCGCCAGAGCUGCUGGACCUGUACACCGUCAACCUGCACCGUAUCGAGAAGGAUGUGCAGCGCUGCGACCGCAACUACUGGUACUUCACGCCCGCCAACCUGGAGAAGCUGCGCAACAUCAUGUGCAGCUACAUCUGGCAGCACAUUGAGAUCGGCUAUGUGCAGGGCAUGUGUGACCUUCUGGCCCCACUGCUGGUCAUCCUGGAUGACGAGGCCCUGGCCUUCAGCUGCUUCACGGAGCUCAUGAAGAGGAUGACUCAGAACUUCCCGCACGGGGGCGCCAUGGACACACACUUUGCCAACAUGAGGUCGCUGAUCCAGAUCCUGGACUCAGAGCUGUUCGAGCUGAUGCACCAGAAUGGGGACUACACACACUUCUACUUCUGCUACCGCUGGUUCCUGCUGGAUUUCAAGCGAGAACUCGUGUACGACGACGUGUUCUCAGUGUGGGAGACCAUCUGGGCAGCCAAGCAGGUGUCAUCAGCCCACUACGUGCUGUUCAUCGCGCUGGCCCUGGUGGAGGUCUACCGGGACAUCAUCUUGGAGAACAACAUGGACUUCACCGACAUCAUCAAGUUCUUUAAUGAAAUGGCUGAGCGACACAACACAAAGCAAGUCCUGAAGCUGGCCCGGGACCUGGUGUACAAGGUGCAGACCCUGAUUGAAAACAAGUGAGGCCUUCUCUUCCCGUCCUCCACCUCCUCCCCCACCGGAAUGAAGUGAGGCUGGCUUGAGGCUGGCUUGGCGUCCCAGCGUCCAGUCGUAGCAUGGACGGCGCAGAGGCACAGAUGCUUUGACUUUGGCUGCCGGGCAGGGGGCCGCGGGGUGGCCCUUCCAGCUCAGCCUUACGUUUUCCUGUUUGACCAAAGAUGGUUGGAGCGCCUGCUUCCCCCUGGUGGAGCUGGGGUGUGGGUGGAGGUGGCCUCUCUUCCCUCCUGUCCCGGGUUCCCCUUCCCUCAUCUUUGCAUCUUUUGGGAAAUGGGUGUAGCACAGCUCUCUAGGGCUCGCCUCUCAGUUUUACCGACAUUUGACACUAGGGGGCGCGCUGUGCACCGGAAGGUGGGGAAUCAGCAUCCCCGCUUUCUACACCUCUCCACCCCAAAUGUCCUGUUUGCCAAAAGCCCUGUGGGGCAAAAUUGCCCCCCAUUUAAGAAGCCCUGGCUUCGAUGAGGGGCCCCUUGCUUUAUCCUAAGUUCCCCUCUGCCCCAGACCUCCCGGGUCCCAGAAGGAAAAGCACACACAAGUCCUAGA